UGCAUAAAUUAUGUUCAUGACGCAGCAGCUAAAAAAUCCCGAGUAUCAAAAUCUGCCCCUGCCUUCCAGCCCCCCCCAGGCGGGGUAAGAGCUUCGCUGGCUGUACCUGGAGAUGGGGAGGGGGGCAUCCCUGAUGCAAGCCUUCGGGGGCUGCGGUUCCAGCAGGAUUUGAGGCCGGCUGGGCCUGGGGGGGGUGGGGGGAACAAGCACUGCCCCCCCUUUUUUUGUGUGUGCUUGCAGCAACCUUCGCUCCAGCUGCUGUGAGAUGAAUUUUUAAUCAUUCCCCAGGGAAAAAAAAGAAAAAGUGUGGGGAGGGGGGAGAUCGGCUCGGCGGAGCCCCAGCCCGGGCUGGGGGCAAGCGUUCUCUCCCGGCUGCACAGCGUAUGCGACCCAUCAGUGGUAGCACCCAUUUUUCAGCACUGAAUUAUGGAGACUGAAACUGUGCCCUCACAGGAAGCUUCCCUGACUGUUAAUGAACAGGUGAUUGUGAUGUCAGGACAUGAGACAAUUAGGGUACUAGAAGUGGGAGUAGAUGCUCCAGUCUCAAUAAAAAAUGAAGGGAAAACGCUGAAAGCAACAGAUGCAGCAGCUGGAGGAGAGGAUUCUGCAAACUGCCCUCCAGAAUCAAGUAAAACAGGACAGGAAAGGGUACAACAAAACCCAGAGAAGGCAUGCAGAGAAUCAAGCGGUGAAGUCAAGGCAUUGCCUGAAAUAACACCUGUGCCUAUCCCAGGAAUUGUGCCAUUUAGCCAAGUGACAAGCCAACCAACACCAACUUUAACUCCUGUCACAGUGCAAGCGGCACCACAGGUCUUGACUCAGGAAAACUUAGCAACAGUUGUGACAGGCGUAAUGGUUCCAGCAGGGGCAGUUACUCAACCUCUUCUUAUCCCCAUCAGUAUUGCAGGUCAAGUGGCAAGUCAGCAGGGGCUGGCUGUGUGGACAUUUCCUGCAGCAACGGUGGCUGCCCUCCCAGGACUGACGGCUGCCUCUCCUACUGGGGGAAUUUUCAAAUCACCUAUAGCCAAUUUGCAAGCCACUGCAGUGCUGAACACAGCAGUACAAGCCCCUUUGCAGCCAGCCCAACCUUUCCAGGCACAGCCAACAGCCCAGCCCCGGCCAUCCAUCCAAACACAGACUGUGUUUCAACCAGCAGCUCAGACAACUCUUUUGUCACAGCCAACCACAACAGCCACUCCACCUGCCGCCAAGCCACUGGAAACUCCAACACAGAUCACGGUUCAGCCGGCAGGAUUUGCAGGAAUAAUCAGUGCAGCUUCUCUUGGAGCCCCAACCCAGCUGCUUAGCUCACUAGCUGCCACGCCUGUCAUUGCAAACACCAUUCCUAGUGUGCAAGGAAUAACUGGACAAAUCCUGACUAAUGCUCAAGGGCAAGUUAUUGGAACUCUUCCAUGGGUAGUGAAUCCAACCGGAAUUGCAACGGCAACUCCUGCCCCUGCUACAUUGCCAGCACAAAAUCUACAAGUCCAGGCGGUGACACCUCAGCUGCUUUUAAAUGCCCAAGGUCAGAUCAUCGCCACCUUGGCUAGCACCAUCCAGACAGCAACCACAAUCAGGAAAUCAACCCCCCCAGAAUCUCCUGCCAAGAGCGAGGUCCAACCAAUUCAGCCUGCCCCAGCUCUCUCACAGCCAACUGUGGUCAUUGCAAGUCCUCCCCCAGCAUCCAAACUAGCUUCCACUCCUGUCCCCAUCACCUGCUCAGAGACACCAACUGUCAGCCAGCUGGUUUCAAAGCCUCAACCUUCAAGUAGUGGAAAUGAUGAAGAUGGCAUAAACCUGGAGGAGAUCAGAGAGUUUGCCAAGAACUUUAAGAUUCGACGUCUCUCUCUGGGUCUCACUCAAACCCAGGUGGGACAGGCAUUAACUGCCACUGAAGGACCUGCAUACAGCCAGUCUGCUAUAUGCAGAUUCGAAAAAUUGGACAUCACCCCCAAGAGUGCCCAGAAGCUAAAGCCCGUGCUGGAGAAGUGGCUGAGUGAAGCUGAGCUUCGGAAUCAGGAAGGCCAGCAGAACCUGAUGGAGUUUGUGGGUGGGGAGCCUUCCAAGAAGCGGAAACGCCGCACUUCUUUCACCCCGCAGGCCAUUGAGGCCCUCAACGCCUAUUUUGAGAAAAACACCCUCCCUACCGGCCAUGAAAUCACCGAGAUCGCCAAGGAGCUCAAUUAUGACCGGGAAGUGGUCCGGGUUUGGUUCUGCAACCGGCGACAGACACUCAAAAACACCAGCAAACUCAACGUCUUUCAGAUCCCUUGAGGGCUGGAGCUCAAAGUGAGAAUCUCCCUUUCCCUACCUGGCUGCCGUGAGCACUUUGUGGCUAAGUCUCCCCUGCCCCUGCCACCUGUUUAUAGUGAUGACUGAAGUGAAAGAGGGGAGAUCUCCUCGUGUUUUAUUGUGCCCCAGCCUGCUGCUUCCUUCCUCUCUGACGUUGCACCGAGCUGUGAAGGCUUAGGAGUCCAUUGGCGUUUAACUUCCUUCUGUGUCAGACAAAUCAUGGUCAGUUAAAAGGAAAAAGGUUCUCCUCGCCUAGUUUGUGUGCAUUUUUUUCUUUUUUUGAAGGUGGCAUUAGGAUUGCCACCAGCAUAGCAUCCACCAGGAACGAUGGGGAAAACCCUGUUUUAUUUGAGCCACUUUUCACAGCGAUUUCCUAUCCAGCAACAAAAUCUGCUAAUCGUAUCCAAGCAGAACUGUGGCAUAAUUUAUAUCUCCCUUUCUAUAUGGAUAUUACUGUGAUGACAGAGCACUAUUAAACUGAAAGCUUGUUUUUUUUUCACCUACCAAAAUCUUGAACUUUAGUAUCCUGGUUCCCUGUUGAUUCUUUUAUUUUAAGACUGAUUUGCCAGUUAAAGAAUCCCUUCCAGGAGACUGCUGAGGAGAAGAAAAAGGAGGCAGGUGCAAUUGUUUAUAUCUUGGGAUAUUGUAUGUCUCUUGGCAAUCUCAUGCCAGCAGAGCACCACUACAAGUAAUAAGUAGUCCUGGGCCUAGUUUACUGCAGGGGCAAGGAGGAUCUAGCCAAGCAGGAACAAGAGAGGAACACAGAAAACUGCCUUACACUGAUCCAUCUGUUGUAUUAAUGUCAGCUUUGCCUAGCUUUAACUCAACCUAGAGUUUUUAAGCAGUUUGUCCAACGCUACCUGGCAAUAUAGGUAGUCCUCGUUUAGUGGCUGUUUGCACUUACAACAGUGAUGAAAAAUCAGCUUUACAACUCUACUUUUACACUUACCCCCUUUACAACAGUCAUGAUUUCACUUAAGCAAGUGUUUUGCUCAACAAUAGAGUUGGUGGUUCCAGUCAUGUCUAAAUGUCUAAACUAUCUGUACCAGGGAUUCAGCUGGGAACCCUCCUGCCUAUAGGUGGUUCUCGACUUAGGAUCACAAUUGAGCCCAAAAUUUCUGUUGCUAAGCGAGACAGUUGUUAAGUGAGCUUUGUCCCAUUUUAUGGACUUUCUUGCCACAGCUUUUAAGUGGAUCACUGCCGUUAUUAAGUUAGUACACAGUUGUUAGGUGAAUCUGGCUUCCCCAUUGAUUUGGCUUAUCCAGUAGGACGUAAAAGGGGAUCACAUGACCUUGGGGACACAGCAGCUGUCGUAGCUUAUGAGCCAGUUGCCAAGCAUCUCAAUUUUGAUCACAUGAUCAUGGGGAUGCUGGAAAGGUCAUAACUGAAAAAUGAUCAUAAGUCAUUUUUUUCAGUGCCGCUGUAACUGAGCGGUCACUAAACGAACUGUGGUAAAUCAAGGAUUACCUGUAUAAGGCUAGUAUUCUACCACUGAGCCCCUUCUUUGCAGUGAAGAAACCCUCUGAUGAUGGCUUUCCAAAAUCCAGCAAGGUUGUUGGCUGUUCAGCCCCUUGAGCAGAUGGUCCUGAUUUGGAACAAAUCAGAGCUUAGAGGACUAGGACAGGUGGGAGUCACGGCAGGCACCUGGCCUUCUUCUAGCAGUACUUGAAGUUCUUGCUUCAUGGAAGGGCUCCAUUGAAAAGAAUAUAAAAAUGCUAUCUUCUAUACAGUAAAGCUAUUGAUUAAAGAGGGUGGGAGGAAUAUGGCUGUGUCCUUGAAAUGGGGUUAUGUCAGCCUCACUUGGUAGACCAGAUGGGGAAAUCAACUCUAUAGAAAAACCAGAAUUAACUUUAUUGAGAUUGGCUACUAUAAAAAUAAACUUGCAAGUCCAAUUGUGUUGUACCUUCCUCCCCACCAUACUACAGUACAGUACUACAGUACAGUACCGUACCCAUUGUACUUACAGUAGUGGCCAAAAUUGUGGAAACCUUUUGGGAAAAAGGGCAUUGUCUUACCUUAAUGCCCGUUCUGCUGAGCAGAGGGGCCAGCAGUCAGGAAUGGGUUAACUCUGUCAUCUGUCCCGGACUGAGUCUGCAAUCUGUUAAACUCCUCCUCUUCCUCCUGCUUCCCAGAUUUCCAACGAAGGAGAUGCUGCAGACUGGUGAGCUGAGCUGAAAAUAGAUCAUUAGCAAUAUGUCCCACCCCCACCCCCCCACGGCAAGGGCCAGAAAGGAAAAAGCGGAGCUGACUGCUGGCCCUGUACUCAGCAGAACGGGUGUUCAGUUAAGGCAACGCCCUUUCUACUGGAGCGUGAGGCCAGCAGUCAGGAAUGGGACAUGCCAAAGCAGACCUCCUAUUGGGUGGGGACCGACCAGACCGAAGCUGUCCCCCCGAAUGGACCUGUUGUAAAACCCGGCGGCCAUAUGCCGCCUCCGCCUCCGCAUAGACGUCCAACUUAUAAUGGCGGAUGAACGGGGAAGGAGACGACCAGGUGGCCGCCCGACAAACGUCCUCUAAGGAGGCCUGAGUGGACCAAGCCACAGAAGUUGAAGCGCUGCGAGUCGAGUGGGCCGUAAUCCCUCGAGGGACUGUCAGAGCCUGAACCCUGUCGCCUGUGGCAAUAGUUGCCCGAAGCCAGCGACCAAUGGUGGAGGAAGUGACCUUAUGUUCCAAGGACGCCGGCUGAAGGACACGAAGAGACUCUCCGAACGCCUGAUAGAGGCGGUCCGUUUAAGGUAAAUACAGAGAGCCCUACGGAAGUCCAAGGUAUGCCAGAUACAUUCUAAACGAUGGGCCGCAUUUGUACAAAAUUGGGAAGUACCAAUUCCUGGGACCUGUGGAAUGGGGUAUUGACCUUUGGGAUGAACGUGGUGUCCAACCGCAGGAUCACUUGGUCAAUGUGAAAUAUACAGAGGUCAGCCCUCGUAGAGAGCGCGGCCAACUCCGAGAUCCAGCAGGCCGAAGUGAUGGCGACCAAGAACGCCACCUUAUAGGAAAGGAAAUGGAGACCCACCUUCCGCAGGGCUCAAAGGGGCCCCGAGUGAGCACAUUGAGUACUUUAGGAAGGUCCCAGGUGGAGUAUACCUAUGAAUGAUGGGGGGGCGGAGGUUUGUGGCCUCCCUGAGGAAUUGCCGGAUAAGCAGAAGCCUGGAGAGGGACCCCGAGAACCCACAAGAUAAAAACGGAAGAGAGGGUACCUACCUGUCUCCGCAGGGUGUUGGGCGACAAACCUGACACCAGGCCAGCCUGCAGGAACUCCAGGACGUGUUCCGUGGACGCCUCAGUGGGGACCAGGUUCCAUCUGUCACACCAGCCAUAGAAGGAGGACCAGGUCGAGUGGUAAAUACGGUUGGUGGAGGCCCAACGUAAUGCUUGUAAUGUAGUUAUGACUCCCGGAGAAAGGUUGCAGCCCCGUAAGAUCUGCCACUCAACCUCCAGGCGAUUAGCUUGAGCCAGCCGACGUCUGGGAGGAGCAACGAGGCCUGACUGAGGGCCAGCCAGUCCCGGCAAGGCCGCCGGGGGGGGGGCACCGACAAGGCCACCAGGUCCGCAAACCAGGGGCAACGCAGCCAAUGUGGGGCGAUCAAGAUCGGCUCCGCCGUCUCGUCCAGCAUCUUGCGGAUGACCCUGGAGAUCACUGCCAGAGGUGAAAAGGCGUAAAGAAGGCCCCGAGGCCAAGGGGUCCGCAGGGCAUCCAUGCCCUCGGCCCCCAGUGUCGGGAACCAUGAGAAGAACCUGUCCAUCUGGUUGGUGUUGGAGACGAAGAGAUAGACUGCUGGAGUGCCGAACCAAGAGGCGAUGUCCUGGAAGAUGGAGGGAUGCAGGCACCACUCCCCUUCGUCCACCGUGGCCCUGCUGAGCAGAUCCGUCUGCACGUUCGCUGUCCCGGAGAUGUGGGCGGCACAGAUGGAUCUCAAGUGUCUCCCCACCCAGAGGCCCAGGCGCUCGGCUUCCCGCAUCAGACGCCAGGAGUGGGUACCCCCCAGGCGGUUCACAUGAGCCUUUGAAGCCACGUCCGUUCUGACUAGAAUGUGAUGGUCCUGUACCGUGCCCUGGAAUGCCUUCAGGGCCAGGUGGAUGGCCCCUAGCUCCAGCCAGUUUAUGCUGUUGGCUAAGUAGGUUUGAGACCACCGACCCUGGGCAAAAUCCGAGCCCAGGUGGGCUCCCUAGCCAUAAAGGCUGGCAUCUGUUGUUAGGACCAGACAGUGAGGCUCCUUGAAACCCCACCCCUUGCUUAGGGCCAGGGAGGACCACCAGCGAAGAGAGAGGCAGACUUUGGGGGGGAAGCCGAAUCAUGUGAAUGGAGGAGCUCCUGUGAGCUUGUUGAUACAGAAGAAGGAGCCAUUGCAGAGCCCUGCAAUAGAGACAUGCCCACGGAACGAUGCCAAUGCAUGACACCAUCUUUCUGAGGAGCUGUGAAAACAACCGGAACGGGCCGGCCCGAUGUCACCAUCCCGACCAGUGACCGCAGGCUAGUCAGGCGCUUCUGGGAAAGAUAGACCUUGCUCUGGACCGUAUCUAUCACCGCCCUGAGGUGCUGAAUGCAGGUCAUCGGAACCAGGUGGCUUUUGGCCAUGUUGAUGGAAAACCUGUGGCUGCACAGGACCCAAAUGGUGGUCUCCAGGUCCUGUCGCGCUAGUCGCUCCGAACUGGACUGGAAAAGGAGGUCGUCCAUAUAGAACUGAAUCCUUAUCAGCAGAGUCCGGAGGUGGCCCGCUAGCGCCACCAUCAAUUUGGUAAACACCCAGGGAGCCGUGGAGAGGCCGAAAGGGAGAGCCCUGUACUGGUAGUGACGAGCUGCAUGGCAGAAACAGAGAAUUCCAGGGAGAGGCCCAACCUGACCAUCUCCCUGACCCAAUCCUCCGAGGAAGAUGCCUCCCACUGGCUGACAAAAAGAGCCAGGCAGCCUCCGAUGGGAGGGCCGGACGAGCAGUCAACGGGACCUGCGAAAGGGAUGACCCCGCCCCCCACGAAAGGGUCUAUGGGUCUGGCCUCUUUGCCUGAAUCCGUCCUGCCUAUUGUGGGAUCUGUCCUGGCGGGAGGAGAAAUAUCUCUGAGCCCUGGAGCCGGAAAAGCCGAAGGCUGAACCUCUAAAGAGUCGAAAGGAAGAAGACGGGCGGGAUUCCCCCCUCCUGGACAAGGAUGGGAGAAUCUUACGUUUAUCUUUGGAUUCAAUGAGAAGGGGUUCUAGAGGAGCUCCAAAGAGCCUGUCCCCCUAGUACGGAGAGUCUGGCAACCGCCAUUUAUUUUUGGCAUCCACCUGCCAUUGGCAAAGCCAAAGGAGAAGGCGGGAUGUAAUGUUAGAGCCGAUAGCCUUGGCGGCGAACCUGGAGGCAUUCAAAGUGGCGUCCACCGAGUACUCCAGGGCAGCCACGAUUUUAUUCACAUCCUGGUAAGCCCUGGUAUCAGAUACCAGCAAGCGGUCCUGCAGUUGUUUAAUCCACAUGAGAAUGGCCCUAUUAAAGAAGGAAGCGGCUGAAGAAGCCUUAAUGCCCCAAGCCGCUGCCUGAUGGGCUUUGGUGAGAGAGUGUUCUAACCUCUUGUCCUUGGGACGAAGACCCUCCUCAGGAGGACCUGUGAGAACAGCUGGGGUUGCGAGAGCGACCACUGGGGGGGUCCACUGCAGGAACCUGCAGAAUAGAAGAGAUGUCAGAAGCCAUAUUAUACAGACGUCUGUCCAAUGCAUUAGGAUUAGGGCCGGACACAGGUUGACCACUGCCGCAUGACAACGUCCUUGAACAUCUUUGGGCCAGGAAUUUCCUCCACCUCGAACGCUGGCUCCUCAAACAAGGAAAUGGAGGGACCCACGGCUUCACCAGGUGGGCCCUGUUUAGGAUGAGGAAGGCCCAGUCAGGUGGUGAGUUUGGCCUUGUGAAGGAGAGAUCUGAAGACCUGAGGCUUGAACAGACCGACAAAUGAUGGCUGAUCUGGGGCCAGAUCCUCAUCACCCGACAACCCUGGUUCCCCGAGGUCAUCCCCAGCAGCAGAAACCUGAUUAGAAGAAGCCCUAACAUAGUCAUGGUCCAGGUCCACCGAGCCUUGCGAAAGUAGAAGGUCCCCUUGAGCCCUGGCCUGCUCUGUUACCCAUGAACUAGUUCUGCGCUGCAUCUCCUCAGCAAUGCCCCGCUGGACAGCAGCCUGAAUAAGGGUAGCCAAGUCAGGAGCAGUGGGGGGGGGGAACCCCAGCCCCCUGCGGUGGGACCCCUGCCAGUGGAAUGGGGGCCUCUGAAGGAAGCUGGGAGGCAACCAGGUCCUGAGAAAUAACUUGGGCAGCCUGAACCGGUUGGGUGGAUUGGGCCCCCAGGCGGUCCUCAGCGGGAUCAGGUGUGAGCCCUUCGCGCUGGAAAGAGGAGCUCAACCAGAUCCCUGGGAGCCUUCCAGAAGCUGAAAAGCUGGAAACAAAUAUUUUUCAAAAACAGAUUGGAGCGAAAACCCUGCAAAAGCAGUCAGAAAGGGACAGCUCAGCGAAGUCUGUCCAAACAGAUCCACUGAGUCUGAAAUCUGGGAAGCAGGAGGAAAAGGAGGAGUUUAACAGAUUGCAGACUCAGUCCAGGACAGAUGACAGAGUUAACCCAUUCCUGAGUGCUGGCCCCACGCUCCAGUAGAAGUGUAUUUUCUAAAACUAGCUAAUAAUGUCACAUUUUUUGUAGUAGUACCAUAAAAUUAUAUAUCAAUGGAAAGAUAAAUUAAUCAAGAAUGUAAUGCAAUAACUUCUAUGAAGGAUUUGAUAUUAGAAUAGCACUUACAGUUUAAAGAAGAAACGUGAAACACGUAGAAAAAAUGAGAUAUACAAAAAUUAUCACCAUAGAAAAAACGAGAUGUACAAAAAUUAUCACCAUGUCAGUUAAUAGUUGGGUAACCUUUAGCAGAAUUACGGCCUUACAACAUCUUCCCAUGGAGUGAACCAAGUCUUUUAGUUCUGCAGCUGUUCUAAUGUUAAACCAAGAUUGAGUGAUAGCUUUUAUUAACUGAGUUUUAUUGCUGGGUCGCUUCUGACUAACAAGUUUCUUUAGUCGGCUCCAUAGAUUUUCAAUUGGGUUAAGGUCUGGGCUAUUCCCAGGCCAUUCCAGCAGUGGAAUAUGAUUACCUUGAAACUCGAAAAAAAAAAAAAGUGGUGUUAUUAACCAUCAAACCUCAAAAAUACACUAUUCCCAAAAGGUUUCCACAAUUUUGGCCACUACUGUAUGUUCCAGUACAUCAGAGGCUACUUCCUAAUACUUCUCAGAUCUUAAAAGAUAUUUCAGCCCCCUCUGCUAAGGCAAGAGUUUUUACUUAUUUCUUUCAAGGUCAUAUUCCCAAUUCUCUACACAGGUAUCGACAAAAAUUAAAACAGCGUUUAAAACCUGAGUUAAUCUUGCCCUGUUGAAUCCCUCAGUCUGGUUUCCCUCCUGCCUCCCCAGCGUUUUUGAGACAAUUCAACACCUUUAACUUUUAAAAAAUACAUGAACGGAAUUGCACACUAGCACAGAGCUCAUUUCUUAGGGAGAAACAAUCAUUUUUUCUCUUUUUUAGUAGUGAUCUUGCAUCAAGAAAGAAGACUGCUGAGGAGUAAUUCAUGACACAAAGCCCUUCCAAUACAUGCACAAUUGAUGUGGCAUUACAGAUAAUGCAAAAAUUGUAUUAUUACUUAUUGUGCAUGUAAAAAGUAAGUGUCUGGGGAGGUCUGUUAAAGAAAAAACAAAAAUGAUUCUUUUAUUCAACAUUGCAUUAAAUAAAGUCAUGUUUUUUCCUACCAGAA